AUGUUCGCUUUAUGGCCUGAGAUGGAAUCGUACGCCGCCAAAAGGUCCUGGAGUGCUGCCAUAGACCCCACUGGGUUGGUAAGUGAUACUAGAAUGUCAUUGGCUUAUGCCAAUACCAUAAAUUCUGAACCCCCGACCUGUGAAUAUCCGGGUUUUCACGAAUAGUUUGCAGAAGGGGUUCCAACGAUAGCACAAACAGCAACAGGGAAAGCAGACAAACCUGCCAUGUACCGUUACCCAACUUAAAAGGCAUAUUCGGAGCUUCCGGGAUACGAACCUGUGCAGUCACAUUGCUGUACAUUGCCCGUACCAUAGUGAGAUAAGAUGGUGAGAAACCCAAAAAGGCAAGAAGACCAAAAAGAUAGGGCCAGCUGACCCUGUCAAAUGCCUUUUCGGCAUCGAGGGAGACAAGUAAAGAAGGGGUCCUGGCAGUGGCUUGUCUCCAGAUCUAUAUUCCUACGUGUUUCCUCAAAUAAUUGGCGCCCAGGUAUGAAAUCCACUUGGUUAAGUAGGGGUUCAACCUGUCUGGCCAGUAUCUUCAAAUCAUGAUUGAUUAGAGAGAUGGGGUGAUAGUUUUCCGGCAACAGGGGGUCUUUGUCUUGUUUUGGUAUCAGGACUAUCGUAGCUAGAGACAUAUCCCUAUCUGGGCACCCGCCUUCCCGUAAAUCAUUAAAGAGCAAUUGAAGCAUAGGGGUCAGAUCUUCCCGAAACACCUUAUAGUAUCCACCAUCAAAACCGUCCAGGCCCAGAGCUUUGUUCCCUUUAAGGGUCGAGAUCGCAUUGUCAAUCUCCUCACUAGUGAUCUUAUCGACAAGCCUUCAAACCACAUCUGGGUAUAGUUUAGGUAGUUUUAGUAAUGCCCUUUGGGUCGGUUUUUAAUGUACCGUCUCUAUGUCUAAUACUCGUGAUAUGUGCCGUCUCUGGUUUGGCCGCAAUGAUCUUGCUAAUAUCGUAUCCAUUUUAUUGGCCGUUUCGUAAAAAAGGUCCUCUUGGACCAUAAAAUUUGUCUAGCCGCGUCUUCCACGAGGAGGUCUCGGAUUGAUAACUGAACCACGUUCAAUUGCGGUAGGGUGUCAAAAGCUUGGUCCGUUUUAUGUCGUUGUUCCAUGAGCGCUGAUGUUUUUGCGCCUCUUUUUUAUUACAUUUUCAGUGUCAACAUUAUGAAGAAAAGUCAGGGAUAGAAACGUAUUAAAAUAAACAAAAUGACUCUAUAGACACAGAGAGAAUGCAGUCCUGCUACUGAACAGUUGCUAUUUUAAAAGAAAUAAAUGGGCCAUAGUUUAAUUUCUAGCGAUUCCUCCACUUUUAUCUACAAUCCCCUAGUGUGUCAACUUUGAAAGUAAAUUGUAAAGAUUAAAAAUGUAGAAAAAUGUCUGGGGUUUCCUUUACACUGUGUUUAUUUCCUCUCUGACUCCCUGGGGAGAGAUAUGCUUAACGAAGAUAUGGGUCGCUAACUUCCGGGCCUCACAACCCAACAACAUUAAACUGCGGCUGGUGGCAUGAUCUCUAAGGACACAAGCUAUUUUAGUUUCAGUUGUUGCGGUUGUCAAAACAAAUGAAAAUACAAAUGCAAAUACUCUGAAGGAGCUUCCAUAAGGAGUCCCUCAGCAGUGGGUAUACAUUACAUUUGGUAUGCCAAACUAAAUAAAUCGUUUACGUGGAAAUUCCAUUUGAAAUGUAAAAAGUUAGACAUAGUCCAUAUGUGCCAACUCACCCUGAUUUCAAUAAACAGUCCCUAGAUGUGGCUUUCUGGCAAACAAUCCUGCAAUCCUAAAUUUUGUUUCAAGUUUUAAAAACAUCUACUGUUAACCCUGUAUCCUGUGUACUGAGUUCUCCUCCAAGAGUAUUACUUUGGAUAUGUUAUAAUAGCAUAAAAUAUAAACGCCCUACAGGAAAUAAAUUUAGGAGACAUGUUUCCUGAAUGUCUCCUCGCAAAAUAGUAUGCACACACUACCUUGACAGGGAAGUUCUUCUGUCUACCAGUUUUUAUGUUAGUACAGUUUCCAAAAUCCAUGGGGUAAAGUAAAAGCAGCUCUGUCACCGUCUGGGGCCUUUGUAUAUUUUGCAAAGACCCCCGAUUGUGUGUGUGCUCUGAUUGGUGUUCUGUGGCUGUGGGGUGCACGGGAAGGUGAGAUUUACUUACCUGAAUCUGUCUGUCGCAGCUGCCAUGUUCAUCCUGCUGGUCCUCUUCAGCUCCUGGGGCUUCAUCCGCUAGGAGCUCAUGUCAAUGUUGUACUCUCGCGCAUGCGUUAGAGUACAAAACUAAAGGACUGUGGAGGAUCCCAUGAUGGAGCAUCCAUAGACAAUGCCUUUAUCCCACAGUCCAAGACUGAGGAAAGUGAUCAAACUUGACGGCGAUAGCUUCCCCUUUUAUCAAGUUUUGUCAAGUGUAGGGAAUUUACAAAGACAAAGCGGUCCCUACUCCUUUGACUGCAUUUAAAUCUAUCUUUGUGAAAUACUCAUGGGGGGGUUAGAGUGCAAUUUUAAGAGUUGCGGUUAAGCCAAAACAGGAGGGGACACAUUUAAAUAGUGUUGUUGUGAGAGAAUUAGCGCUUUAACAAAUUCAUGAAUAUAGUUAGUCACAUUCCUUGUUAUUGUGAGUCCUAACAUGCCAUCGGUUCUAAUAGGGUUAACAAAAACACUAGCGCUUUAGCAAGGAUGCUUAUAAAAACUUUAGGGCUGAAAUGCCUAAAAUGGACGUGGUUAUUUACUAAAUGAGAAUUCAAAGUAUAUUUCAAACUUAAGGCCAAAGUAGUAUUUUUACCUCGAAUUUGAAAUUCACUUUGAAUUCUCACGUUAGUAAAUAUUCCUGAUAGUCUCAUCUCUAUUAAAGCACUAGAAUAAAAACUCUAAUGAACUUUGUUAACUCCUCGCACAGUGAAAGAGUUAAUGCUAAAGAAAAUUGUUUAUCGAGUUGUGGUGUAGCAAGAGUCAGAAAUAUCAGACAAUCCGGUUUAUGUAUAAACAGAAAUUCCAGGGCAAAGUUCUGAAGGUGGAGCAGUCACCAUGGAAACACAUGGAAUGUUCCUGCUGAUUGCUCCACGUUUAGAACUUUGCCCAGAAUUGCACUUUAUAUAGACCAAUAAAAGCAAUCUUAGAGCAGCCAGGAAUGUACAGGAGAGUACUGACUGUGUCAGCCCUGGACAAUGGAUUUUUAACCCCUUAAGGACACAUGAUGGAAAUAUUCCGUCAUGAUUCCCUUUUAUUCCAGAAGUUGUGUCCUUAAGGGGUUAAAUAUAAAUCCUGUAUUUACGAGCUGUCUGUAUCUUUAAAUCUGACCCUGCCUAUAUCUCAAAGCUCAGCCCACAGGCACCAUCCCAGCCUCCCUUUGUCGGUUGCCAGGAGACAUAAACAAAGCUUAAGCGGAACGUAGUGACGUUGGACCUAACGUUGUGUCCAUGGCAACAGCUGGAGUGUUUACCUGAGGCCUGGGAGCACGUGGGAGCCUGUGAACCAUGAACAGCACAACAACUACACAGCUUUACAGCUAACCCUGCACAGCAGGAGCAGCACAAACAUGUGAACACAAACAAAAUGUAAAAAAAAACCCACCAAGUUUCAACCUAUUCACAGUAGAACUCCAUCAAGCUAUGAAUUAUAAACACAGACAAUUUGCUAUGAGAACAUGGCAGAUUUCUUUAUGAGGGGACCUUUAAAUCAUGAAUAAAUACAUUUUUAGUAUUUAAUAUUCCAAAUACCUACAUGGAGUUUAACUGUAAAACACCAUAACUACCUACCUUAUGGGACAGUCUGUCUCUGGUGUCAAAUACCUCUCUGUCCCUGCUGUCUAUCCUGGACUCUGUGGUUCACAGGACUGUGAAAUAUGUGGCUUGGAACUAAUUGUAUCUCUAAUUUCCACAGCAAUAAAAUAAUACAGUAAUGUGGUAAGGUAUGUGGGAGUGUAUCACAGAGCAUAAAUAAUUCACGCAUUCAAUGCAUGCUAUUAAAUCAAGAAUAACAUGUGUGGUUUUAGAUAAAAAAUUGAGGUUUUAAAUUUACUAAUUUGCUUUAUUUGCCAUUACCGGACAGCCUUGUUUAGAUGCCUCUGUUCCACAAUUCUAGGAUUCCAAAAGUACCCCAAAAUUGCAGGCUGAGAGCAUUGUUAGGUUAUUUAAGAGCUCAUCCACAAGCUGGGCAUAUGGCAGCCUUGGUUGGCUAUCUGGCAUUGUGCAAUGGGCCCUGUAGCACCUGUAAUGCAAUUCUCACACUUUCUCUCCAGUCCUCGCCUUUCACCUUUUGGUUUCAUACAUCCCAAUGUCGAUGGGUAUAUUUCCCUUUCAGUAAGUAAAUCCCAAGUUCCUAUACAGAAACCCACUAAUCAGCCAAGAUACAGCACAAGCAGCUCUGGGUGGAAUUUCCCUUCUCCCUUUAUUUUUGCUGCCUGUUUAUGUCUCCAUUGGUUUAACAUUGAAGAAGUGACUGAAACACACAGAGACCUGCAUGUUGAAAACAAUAAACAAACACUGUGAGCCUGUGCAUUCACAGAAUUCCUCAGGGAGCUUACAUCAUGACCCAGCCAGACAGGGAGGAGCGAGAGAGAAACAGGGGAGGAGGGUGCGGGAAGUGAGACACAGGGAACAUGACAAGAGACAGAGGGAAUCUAUGAAACAGAAGGAAGAAAAGAAAGCAGAAGUUCCAAGAGCUUUAAAAACAAAACAGAGAAACAAACAUACGAACAAAUCCUGAAAGGAUUCCGUACAAGCAUGGGAUUGUUUGAAAAUUCUUUAUUAUGUCGUUUGUUCUGUACAUGAUGUGGGCCUAAUAUCAGAGAGGUGGAGGAGGUAUAAGAAGCCUCGUCCACAGAUGAACAAUGUGUUCGAGAUGCGCAAAUCCAUGAUUCAGCAUGACAAAUAAACUUAAUGUAGAUAAAUGCACAUAGGAACCAUUGUUUUUGCCAUUGUUUACUACUGUAUUGAUAAGACCCACUUUACUGCAAUAUGUAAUCCCGAAUGAGCAUUUCGCAUGUGUCUCCUUUAUUCCUUUUCAAAUUUUCUUAAAAAUUCUUCCUUGUAUUUAUUUAUUUAUAAAAUAUUUUACCAGGAAAGAUACAUUGAGAUUUCUCUCGUUUUCACGUAUGUCCUGGGUCCACAAAUCAUUGCAUUGUUACAUUAGGGUACAACAAAAUACAAAACCAAUAUUAAUACACAAUAUAUACAAAAUUUAACAUAGAACAGGCAGGAAAUAUAUAAUCAACCAUGACCAUGGUGCAUUCUGUUUUGAGGUAUGUAGAGAGGGAUCUCUUAAAGGACUUUAGGCUUAGGGAAGAUUUUAAAUUGUAGAAGAUGUCUUGUGUGCUGUGUUAUAAUAAAGGUAUUUAAAAAAAAACAACAACAAAAAAAACAGAUACUUAGCCUUAAACUUGAAAUUCACUUUGAAAUCUAACUUUACUGAAUAACCCUGUAAGAUACUUGUCAAACACCUGUAUAAUUCUUUAUCCUUUACCCUUUCUGAGAUGUUGCCCUAUACGUAUUUUACCUAAGGUAAAAAACAAAAAAUAUAAAUACGAACAGGCAUUACAGCUCAAUAGAGUGUCAGAUGUUAUUUUAAUAGGUUUCAAUGUUGCGCAGAGACAUACUAAGGUAAAAAUCUGUCCCCACAGCUCUCCUGAAUCAUGUAUCUGUUAUAUGUCUUUGUUUACUGUGUGUCGUAUGUUAACGAAAAUAAUCUAUUUUGAUUGUUCUCAUUUUCAAGUAUGUCCUGGAGCCUAUGUACAAAAGAGCAUUACAAUUACAAAAAGUAAAAAAAUAAAUAAUAUAUAUAUAUAUAAUGAAAUUGAAACAUGAACACUGAAUACAGCUGCAUUUUAAAUUUAGCUUUAAAGGACCACUCUAGGCACCCAGACCACUUCAGCUUUAUGAAGUGGUCUGGGUGCCAGGUACCUCUAGGAUUAACCCUUUUUUUUAUAAACAUAGCAGUUUCAGAGAAACUGUUUAUACUGAGGGUUAAUCCAGCCUCCAGAGCCUCUAGUGGCUGUCUCAUUGACAGCCGCUACAUGCGCUUGCGUGCUUCUCACUGUGAAAAUCACAGUGAGAGCACGCAAGCGCCCAUAGGAAAGCAUUGUAAAUUGUAAAUGCUUUCCUAUGCGACCGGCUGAAUGCGCGCGCGGCUCCUGCCGCGCAUGCGCAUUCAGCCGAUGACGUCGCGAGCAGGGAGGAGAGGAGGAGUACAGCUCCCCGCCCGGCGCUGGAGAAAGGUAAGUGUUUAACCCCUUCCUCUCUCCAGAGCCCGGCGGGAGGGGGUCCCUGAGGGUGGGGGCAUCCUCAGGGCACUAUAGUGCCAGGAAAACGAGUAUGUUUUCCUGGCACUAUAGUGGUCCUUUAAUGAAACAGUGAUAUUUAGAUAUUUCAGAUUGAGGGAAUUGUGCAUUUGUUCAGUAAACAAAGAGGAGAGGUUUUUUUUGUCAUUGAAAAGCGAUUUAAAAAAAUGACCUGCCUCUGGGGCAACAGAGAGAAAUGCAGCGUGAGUGCCUGUUUAAAUACAUUUACUUUUGCAAAAGGGAAUCAAUUCUUCCUUUACAGUCAGGCAGUAACUUGCAAAUUGCGUCAAUACCACAAUCACUUACUAGACGCAAGCACAUGUUUAUUUGGUAGGCUUCGUAUAGUUCCUGCAAGAUUGUUCAAUGUCUGCAGAUCUCUGUAGGAGAAAACUACACAAUUAUCUACAAGAUACAAAAAUAUAAUGAAGUAUAAUACAGUGGGCAGCCAAUCAGGAGGUAAAGAGCAUGUGCAUGCUGGGAAAUAUUACUAUUCUAAGAACAAGAAAAAGGGGAUAUAUGCACAAAUAUGUUAAUUACCUAUUUAUCCACCCAUCUGUCUAUCUCAGUAUAGAAACAAAUGUAUAGAUAGUAGGGUUUAGUACACAGUAAAUUUUAGUGAGUGGAGAAACACAUUUUCAAAUAUUUUUUAAAAGAAAUUUUUGUUCAAAAAUGUAUGGUGGAAUUUUAGGAUUAAUGUGGCUAGUUUGCUCUAAUUAAAGACAAUUAUGAGCUCACCAUAAACUCUUUGUUUACUGAGUAGGGCCUCUAGAAAAUAAAGAGAUGUUUUCUUCGACAGAAUCACAGUUUCUGUGAGCUGCUGUCACUUUCUGCCCACAAUGCACACAUUUCCCUCUUUUAUUGGUCUUAUCGAAGAACAAUGUUAGCAUCGAUUCAAGUGCAGCCUUUAGUAUAUAUUCUCUAUAAUACCCCCCCCCCCCCCUUUAACGGGAGUUAUGGUCACCCUAGAAAUACCAAAUCUCACUGCAAAUUAUUUCAGUGAAUAGAAUGACAUGGUAACACACAAUUAUAGCAUAAAGAGUACUUCAUCUAAAUAAGGUUGUUUAAAAAAAUAAAAGCAACACACAUACCUGCCAACCAACAUGCUUUUACAGAACACAUUAUGUUUGUUAUUCCAGAGAUUUUUUUUCAAAUGCAUCCAUUACUUGUGUUGUCUUCUAACCUAUGGUUUUAUCUUGUUUUAUUUGUAGAUGUCGAGGCAGCAACCUUUUUUUCCAUUAAUAUGACUUUUGUAUGGCAUUGGGACUAAAAAAAGAAGACCUGGCACACUUUAUCAUAUUGCUAAAUCUGUAUGAAAUAAAAACUGCUUAUUUAUUAAUAAAUACCUUCUUUUAUCAAAUAAGCUCAUAAUUAUUAUUAUUAUGAUAUUUAUAGAGCGCCGCCAAAUUCUUCAGCGCUUUACAAUGGGUGGACAAACAGGCAUGUAGUUGUAACCAGACAAGUUGGACACACAGGAACAGAGGGGUUGAGGGCCCUGCUCAAUGAGCUUACAUGCUAGAGGGAGUGGGGUAAAAUGACACAAAAAGGUAAGGAUAGUAUUAGACUAGUGACAGUUGCAGAAGAGGAAUCAGUCAGGAGCUAUUAACAGUUUAAUUGAUACGCUUUUAUGAAGAAGUGGGUUUUUAAUGAUUUUUUGAAGGAGUGGAGACUGGGUGAGCAUCUAACGGAGGAGGGAAGCGAGUUCCACAGGAACGGUGCAGCCCUCGAGAAAUCUUGAAGGCGAGCAUCAGAGGUGGGAGUACGGACAGAAGAUAGACGUAAGUCUUCAGCAGAUCGUAAGGGCCUAGACGGGACAUACUUGUGUAUAAGGGAGGAUAGAUAGGUGGGAGCAGCAUUAUGUAGAGAUUUGAAAGCAAGAACCAGAAUUUUAAAUUGAGCUCUAUAUUUUAUAGGAAGCCAAUGUAGGGACUGACAGAAGGGUGAGGCAUGGGAGGUGCGGGCGGACAGGAAGAUGAGCCUCGCCGCCGCAAUCAUUAUGGACUGUAACGGCGCUAAUUGGGAGCACAUAAGACCACUGAGAAGCGGAUUACAGUAGUCAAGGCGAGAAAGGACAGUGGAAUGGACCAACACCUUAGUCGCAUAAUCACUGACUUGCUCAGCGUACAUGUACUUUGCAUAAAGCCUAAAUUGGACCAACUACAAAUGGAUCAUUUAGGAGUAUUCCAAGAAAUGUAGUGGGUCCCUAGACUAAAAAGAACAAGGGAACUAUCAAGGGCCUCAACGUCGUUCUGUGUGAGGACAGGAUAGGAGAUUUUAGUUUGAUGACAGGAUAGGAGAUUUUAGACCUAACAAAAUGCAAACACAUCAUUUUUUAAAAAACAUUUUUUGCAUUUAGCAUAAGGAGUAAAUAGAGAAAAACAAAUACAGAGUUGGUAGUACAUUUCAUAACUCUGCAAAUAUAUUUAAACAUUUGAAUAAUUUUUGCAUGUUAAGAGACCCCAAACUAUAGAUACAUAGUAAUUGCUUUAAAUACGCUAUCUUGUGCAAGUGAUAUUAACCAUGUGCACUUUUAUUUACAGUAGCCCAAUUAUUAUUCCUACCUUGGUUUUGGAAACUUAAGUUGUCAAUAAAGGCAAUUUACAUGUAACAUUAUUACAAUUGUUUUUCACACAUUGUACAUUUUUACAAUAAUUAAUUAAACUAUAGCUACUUAAUAUUUGCCUCUGUUUAUCUACAACAAUAUUAUGUUUGUAUGGCACUUUUUUACCCUACCCUUACCUUUUGUGUCAUUAUAAUCCACUGUAGAAUGUGAGCUCAUUGAGCAGGCCCUCAACCCCUCUGUUCCUGUGCCUCCAACUUGUCUAAUUACAAUUAUGUGUCUGUUAGUCCUUCUAUUGUACAGCGCUGCGGAAUUUGUUGGUGCUUUUGGAAUAAUAAUAGUAAUUGGAAUUCACUGAGGGACUGGGUACCUAUUUUAUUGCUGAAAACAGUGAAGAUUUUGAAGUUAUUUAUGCAGAUUCAGGUAAUCAAUCCAUGACCCUGGGCACAGCAGCAGUUUAAGUGCCACCUGUAAAAAAUUUACAUUGUGCUUCCUGUUUUUAUUAGUGGUAGCAAAUCCAUUUAAAAUGUAAAUUAAAUUAAAAAAAUACAUUAAAUAAAUAAAAAAUAAAAUAUUAUAAUUGUGCUCCAGAUGAGUAAAUGUCAGAGAAUUUUAUAUUUAUCAGUUUUGCUGUGAAUACCGUGGAGCAGGCAGCUUACCUUUACCUCUUGACACCUAAUCCCUAUAACUGGUGAUCAUAUAAACACUGCUGUGAAGACAUGGUUCUGUUUUAAUGCUGAUAUUAAACGCAUGUUAUUUUUCUGCUGAUAUUUAAUGAUCACCAAUGAAAUAGGUUUCCUCCUACAAACCCAACGGUAGUUUAUUUUCAUACAAAAAAAGAUCUGUCAGCUCACUAUGCCCAACCCAACCAGCUCGUGGCAUCCUGGCUCAUAUUGGUCUCUAAAGCUGGUCUCUAAGGCAAAAUCGAGGACUGCUGGUGUCCAUUGAGGACUGGUUUGGGAGCCAAUGGAUUAAGAAGCCCCGGUUUUUUUUACAUAAUAAGUCAUCCAACUCCGAGUCCAUCUAUACAGUGUGCAGUUUACAAUAUUUACAAAGAUAUACAUACAAAUACUAUAAUACUUGGAAAAACACUGCUUUUCUGCAAAUCAAGGAAAAAUGUAUGUUACCGUUUGGAAACAAUCGCAUAAACACAUAUAUCCUGAGAGGCAGAGGGGAUUUAGGAAAACCUACAAACAACAUCUGGUACUCGCACCUGUGAAAAUCGAUAAACAUAUCACUAAACAACAUUUUAAAAAUGCUGUAAUAGCUUAACUAGGAUUACACACAUAACAAAGAAUAAAAAACAUUGUGUUAACCAACACUAGGGACUAGACUUGAAAAUAUGAGACAGAUGGCAUGUAUGGCAAUGAGCCUGAUCAGGAAGUAACAGGACCUUUUGUCUGACAGCCAGGGAGUGCAAAGAAAUCGGCACUAUUUGUAAAAUGAAUAGGAGAGGACACAUUUUUUUUACACAUAAAACAUUUCAGCAAGCUAAAGUGGUUUAAGGGUCAGGAGCUAUGAUACAGCUGAUAGGAAAGCAUUAAAUCGAAUACUUUCCUCUAAGAAGCAUUUGAUUGGAUAGGAAAUUGGUGCUUGAGGCGCAUGAGCAUCACAUCCCCAGUGCUGCUCUAUAAGCAGUAUUAGAUUGGACCAUUGCCAAAAAAACAACACCUCCAGGUUAGCGUUGCAGGAGGUGGAGCGAGCAGCAGCAAGGUCGAGGGAGUCUCGGCACUGGAAAAAAUAAAUGCAAGCAAAUUAUUAUUUUUUUAAACUACUUUUGCUGCAGUAAGGGGCAAGGGUCUCUCUAAUCCAAAUAGGGACUAGGGUACUAUAGCAUUAGCAAUACAAAUUUGUAUUCCUAACAAAAUAGUGUUUUUUUAACCUAAAUUUUGGAACUCUGAUUUCAAUUCGCUACAAUUCAGAGUUUAGUGAAUAACCCAGUACUACAUACUCAGCCCACUGUUUGCCACGUGAUAACAGGCAAUUGUUUUAUUUUGCAUAAUUUCCAUCUAUUACCGACCACAAUGUAUUUUAAUAUUUGUAAGACAUAGGGUAUAACUGUAACCUUCUGUGUUUUCCAGGGGUGGUCAGUGAUGGGAAACUAGGUCGGGUGAGCUGCCUAACUAGUCCUCACAGUAUCUCACACAUAGUAAAGUGUACAUCGCUAUGGAAUUUGAUAGCGCUUUAUAAAUAAUAAAAUAAUAAUAAAGACAAAAAGGGGAACUGAGGGCACACCCGGAACAUGCAUUUUUCAGCAAUGGUGAUGCUGUAGAGAACAGAAUUUACACAUAACAAAGAUUAAUGAUCAGAGCGCACACAUAAAAAUACAGUUUUAAAUUUUACAAGGCUACUUAAAAUCACUUACCUCAGCAAACAAUUAUGGGAUCAUUUUCACCACUUGACCAUAUCAUGUUAAGCCCACUACUACGCCAAAGUAUCCCAAUAUCAGUGGGACCUACACGUUGGAAUUAGUGUAGGACCCGUCGUACAGAGCAGGGGAUACAAACUUAUAAAACAAGUUAACAUCUGAUUGAAAAUUAAACCAUUUUCUUAAUGCAGGCGUGUCAGUCACAGCCAGUGGAGGUGUGGUUAGGACUGCAUAAUAUAAAAAAAAAAAAGGGAUUUAACUCCUAAAUAGCAGAUACUUGGGCAGUGUGACUGCAGGGGCAUGAUCUAUACCAAAACUGUUUCAUUCAUCUAAACUUGUUUUGGUGCCUAUAGUGUCCCUUUAAGAACUGCUCUAUGGCUUUUUUUUUUGGUGGUGGUGGGGGAAUCUCAGUCUUUAUCUCUAUCAAUUCAGAAUUAAUAUUCAGACUGAUUAAUAGAGAUAGCAUGGAUCAAGAUUCUGAACCUCAAACACACCGGAUACUAUAACAUACUACUCCCAUCAGACUCUGUCACUAAAAUCCUGACUAUGCAUACUGAGAGUGGCAGUCCAGAGCACGAGGAUUUCCACAGGCUGCCUACCGAUAGAUAUACAGAUAAUAAGAAGGCUUAUUGUAAACUGAUAAUCGAUUGAAGAAAUAGAGCGACCCGAAGAAAUGAUUGACUAAAUCAAUACUACACGGAUGCAUUGCAAUACCUCCAACAUAUUCCAUAGCGCAGUACAAUGUUACAAUCUGACAGCUCAUUAGAAUGGCACUAUGUAGGAAAAUGUGUUUAAUAAAAGAGACGGCAUCUCAUCAUCUCUUUUAAAAAAACAAUUUACUUUUAGUUCCAGAAAAUGAAUAAAUAACCUAAUUUCAAACAACAAUAUAAAGUUAAACUGAUAGAUAACAAAUACAGCUAAUCUUUUAACCCUUGAGAACCAAUGCCACGCAGUUACUGUGUCCCCUUUGUCAGGAAAGGGUUAACGCCAGGUUCCAGCUGUGUGACAUGUAUCGAGUUGUAUCCUGCGUUCUACGUACAAUGUAACUGUUUCAGGGACCUUGCUAUGACCAUUCUAUGACUAAUCCACAGCACCAUAUAAUCAGAUUGCUCCCAGUACCUGGACACCUGUAGGGAACUUACUUUAUACAUUGUGGGAGGGGAGGGGGUUAUCCCAGGAUGCAGAACUCCAGCUGGUGCAGAACUCCAAAUCCCAUGAUGCUGUGCCAGAAUGACAGCAGGUCCAGCAUCAUGGGAGCUGUAGUUGUGACACAGCUGGAGGGCUACCUCUAGGUCACCCUUGCUCUAAUACUCAUAAACUGUUUUUUAUAGAAGCAGCACUUUCCCAGCUGAUCAAUAUACACUCUCAGCUCUAUAUAUAGUCACAGACUUCUAUAUAUGUGUUGGUUUCUGUAUAUUUGUUCUCCUCUGCCUCUAUGUCCCUUCAUCUUUUUUGUAGAGCAUAGUAAAAGCGUGCUACUAAUAAUACUCUGGCUGCUCUGCCUAGCAGAGAGCAGGGAUUCCCUCUUACGUCAGUGCUAGGUAACCAGAUAAACAUAGCAAAGACAACACCUUAUAUGGCUAUGUACGUCACAGGAACUCCACUGGGGGGGCGGACCUUCUUCAAGCUCUCUUCUCCUAUAUCUAGGUUUCUGCUGCACCUAAACUCCUGAUUUUCGGCAGGCAGGCACUGCAGGGGGCUCAAUAUCUGCCAUCCAAAUUUCAGGGUUCUGGGUGCCCCCGAUCCUGAGAUAUUGGUAGGGGGAAGGGGGGUGACGUCAGUAGGUGUGGGCUUCUCAGUAUAAAUAUGCUCAGCAAUCAGAGUUUCAUUCAUAAAUCUGAGAGCUGAGACUGGGGCAGCAUCUAAGCAGCAGUGUGGGAUUUUAUAAUCGGAUUUGGACUACUGAUACAACGUUUUCACUCCUUUCCUGGUAUUAGCACAACAGCACCGAAUUCUGCUUUAUUUUGGAAUUUUUCAGCAUUUUCUUAUGGGACAUACCUUGUGAGCACUGGCAUCUAUGGGGGAUCUCUAAAAAGAACACAUUGAAUGAAUGGGAAUCCCUUAAAGAAACCUUCCUGGACAGAAGAGCAGGAGGAUUAAUUGCUGGAUUUUUACUUUUAAACUUGUUUCAGACCAGACCUGACCGAAUUUGAAGGAUUGGCACUGGCAGAGUACUUUUUCAUAUUAUUAUCUUUAUCACUCUAUUAUUUGCCUAAGGAGGCAGAUAAUGCUGCAAAGUUAAGGUGGAUUUUUAUUUUUGGAUUAACUCCAAAAGUAACAGAACUUUGGAAGGAGAUCUGACUGUCAACACAAGAGGUAUCCCCACCCCCCUUUUUUUUUUUUGAAUGAAGCUUAGCAUGAUUUAGAUUCAUAACAGUGUAUUCUAAUUGACAGUAUCAGGGAGGUAGAAUGAGGACACAAACUAGUUUGUAUAACAUAGGAUUAAAUUGAACUAUUCUUUUACCAGUGCAAUUUAAAACAUUAUUCUUAGGUUAAUAAGACUAAAAGGAUUUUUAAUUUAUUUUUUAUUUGCAGAAAUAAUAUAUCCAACACAGCAUUAAUUAGAUUUCCAAGUAUAUGUAGUUCUAUUAUUAUUAUUAUUAUUAUUAUUAUUAUUAUUAUUAUUAUUUAUAUAUAUAUAAAAUUUAUUUUAAAAUGAUUUUUUAAAAAUAUAUAUAUAUUUUUUUAAAGAAGUGUCAGAACUUGCUUUUGCAUAAUUAUUGUAUUUAUGAAAAAUGUGGGCUUUUCCCUUACUUUAAACAAAACUAUUUGGUUUAAGUCCAUCUUCUAAAUAUAACAUCUAGGAUUUUAAUUUAUGGUUUUGUGGGUGUUUCUGAAAAAAAUAAGCUUUUAUUUUGGGCUUCUCUUCCAGAUAUUUGUGAGAUUUUAUUUUCUUGUGGGCCUAGAAUUUGCCCAACUCCUACAAGGAGAUGUACCAAGGAUACGAUUCCUCCAGCUCUUCCCCUUCUGCAGAGUCUCAAUACCUGUCUUCAGUGGAUUCUUUUGGAAGCCCCCCCACAGCUUCUGCCCAGCAGGUGAGUCUUUGAGGUCAUUACCUAGAUGAGACUGAUGUCACAGCCAAUGGGGGAGUGUAAGGCAUGUUGCUUGGCUGCCACAGGUAUGUAGAAAUCACAGUUUUCACUAUACUGGGCAUUAUGGGAAAUGUAGGCCGCAGUCAUGCCAUCAUUGACAUUGGCACGCAAAUGCAUGCACACUAACCCUUUCUAGCUGAUAUUAAAAAGGUCAAUCAAAUAAUUAAGUUCUGUGCGCCUUUACGGGAAACACCAGAUUAAAGGACAAGCGUCACGUACGUGAUGGUAUUAAAAUGGUUACACCCAGGGGUUCUGUAUUAAUUAACCUUAAACUCUGAGUUACAUAAAUGUGCACAGACAGAUAGGGAUUGGCACCCUGUGGCACUCUGUCAUCACUUGGUGCGCAACAAGCUCUAUAGCCAGUUUAGUAUUAUGGGAGUUGUAGUCCCCAGCAGGUACAGGAUCAUGUGUUGUCUCUACCUGCCUGUAAUCAAAAAGUGUUAAACUCUCAUGACCUCAUUACGUACUAUAAUAAAUAAGUAGAUUUUUUUUUAUUUCUUUUCAUCUUCUAGUUCUGGUUGGAAUGCAUGUGGCAUAUUUUUCUUACAAUUUAAGUUUUAAGAGAAAAUUCACAAGUUAGCGCUAUUUUAUUUUCCAAAUAAGCGGUUCCACAGAUUUCAAAUGCAGAUUCCCAGUUGCAAGGGAGCAUGUAAAAGCUUUAAGGGUUAAUUCUUUAAGUUUGAAUUGUUACAAAUUGAAAUCCGUAUGGUAAAAUUUAGGCAGAACUACUUGAUCUGAACAAAUCCUGCAACUAUGCUAAAGUUGCAACUUGGCUAAUUUUUCCUAAAUUGUGCUAUUCGGAUUUCAAUUCAACAAGUCAGACUUUAGUAAGUAAACCCUUGAAAUACAUGAACUGGUAUAUGGGUGUAUACAUGUAAAUGCUAUGGCAUAUGUCUGGAAUCUGACUAUUGUAGCCAUCAUCCAGAUAUAACCCCAUUCAAGACCAGGUUUAGAGAGAUUCUCUUAUAUACUAUUAUAUAAUUGGCCGUGAACAAGUUAACGUGAAAAAUAAUUGACUUAGAAAGUAAUGUCACCCAUUAGUCAAGCAGUGAUCAUGCUCACUGAUGCACUCAUUCAGUUAAUAGUAAGUAGAAAAAUGAAUUGUAAAAUUUCCCCCCAAAUAGCUGUGUGUGUGUGUGUGUGUGUGUGUGUGUGUGUGUGUGUGUGUGUAUAUAUAUAUAUAUAUAUAUAUAUAUAUAUAUAUAUAUAAUGUAAAUUUAUUUAUUAUUUUUUUUAAAUAUUGCCAUUUCCCAAAUCUUACAUACGUAAAGCUACGAUUGGGCACGUGUUUUUCAAAGUCCUCAAUGUUAAAUGAAAUGUUUGGCUUUGACAGUUAUUGGUGAUAUCUUCACCAAACAUCAUGUAAACGACCGUGGCCAAUAUUUGUAUGUAUCAGAAAAGAUCCAUGCUUUGUAAAUUUACCCCAUAGCUGUUUCUUCUCUAAAAAGUGAGUUGUGGUACUUUUCACAAAGUUUAGGACAAAAUUGCAAAGUUCUACUACUUUAACAGUUAGCCUAUUUUGACCUUUUUUCUACGAGCAGGAUUCACUGCGUAAUGACUAAAUCUCUUUUGAAAUUGGAAGAAAUAGUUAAAACAUUUUUAAACCAAGGCUUAUUUUGCAACCAUUCCAUACCAUGUUUACAGUUAGUGUUUGCAUUACAGAGAGCUAUGAUAUAGCCUAUAUGUAUCAAACUAGGUUCAGAGUCACGGGGUGAAAGUUGCCAUAUUGUUUUUGGUGUGUGUUAUGGUCUCUUGAUAGGCUUGUGAAUUUUGCUUAAGACAUUUAGUACAUCUCCCAAGCUUGUGCAUCAUGACACAAAAUAUAAUUUUAAUAAUGAGGAAUGUGCAUAUAUUGCAGUAUGCCUAUGAAACGAUGAUCAUGUCAACAUUGUUUUAACCCCUUAAGGACCGAACUUGUGGAAUAAAAGGGACAUGUCAUGCGUCCUUAAGGGGUUAAAGAAAUGUACAAAAAUUAAAGUUUAGUAUUCUAAACCGUAAAACACGGACGACAUGAGUUUAACAGGGUUGCUCAAUAAGGCGAAUCGCUAACACAUAAAUGGCAAAACUGAACUUAAAAGACGUAUAAUUAGUCGGUUAGGUUAUUUUGGCCUGAAUUGUAUAUUUUUGGAAAUUUGAAGUAAAUUUUGACAUUUUAAUAAUUCACUUUGUACAAGCUAUUCUACGCCAUGCAACCCUAAAUGAUUUAUUUUCAUAAAAAAAAAAAUACAAUUAUUUAUGUAUAACUAUAACGAAUAACCUUGUGAUGUUAGUAAAUAUAUUAAUUUAUUCUACUUUAUGUAAGAAUGGAAAAAACCCAGCCUGUAUGACUUUCAAGAUAAAUAAACCUAAAAUCACAACAUUUGAGGGUCACACUAUAUUUGUGUGUGAUAUUGCUAUCAUACUUGGCUAUAUUUCAUGACUUUUUGUAAAGUUCAUUAUUGGCAUUAAUCAUUAUAGCUCCCUAUGAGGGUUGUGCGUUCAGCUGUUGCUAAUAAAGCUGUUACAAACCCAGCGUAGUAAAGAGCUGGUCAUAGCGAUGAGUAGACGCAGCGCAGCGGGAGUGGGCGUGGUUGACGUACGCUGCGUUCCAUGCGUGCUUCCUGACGUGCGGGAUGUCCCCUGGGUGACGCCGCGUUCUAUUUUGGAACGCAGCGCCGGCUGAGCGAGCCCUGGGACGGAUAUACUGAUGCUGCUGAUGUCAUGGGAGCUAGGACUGGGGAGGGGGGAUUAGGGGGAGGAAUAUUAAUAGGAACACGGUUUACAGGGACGGGUUUUAAUUGCAGGUUGAUGGGAGGAUUACAUCGGACUGAGGAAGAUGGAUAGGGAUCAGGAAUAGGGCAUGAAGGGGCAGGAUAGGCUCUAUGGCAGUGGCAGAUAGAGAGACUAGACUGAUGGGGGUGGAAUAGGGGCCAGGGAUGGGGCCAAUGGGGGUGGAAUAGGGGCCAGGGAUGAAGCAGUGGGGGUGGAAUAGGGGCCAGGGAUGGAGCAGUGGGGGCGGAAUAGGGGCCAGGGAUGGAUGAGCAGUGGGGUGGAAUAGGGGCCAGGGAUGGGGCCACGGGGUGGAAUAGGGCCAGGGAUGGGGUCAAUGGGGUGGAAUAGGGCCAGGGAUGUAAAGCCAAUGGGGGUGGGAAUAGGGGCCAGGGAUGGAGCAGUGGGGUGGAAUAGGGGCCAGGGAUGGAGCAGUGGGGGUGGAAUAGGGCCAGGGAUGGGGCCAGGAUGGAGCAGUGGGGUGGAAUAGGGGCCAGGGAUGGAGCAGUGGGGUGGAAUAGGGGGCCAGGGAUGGGGCCAAUGGGGUGGAAUAGGGGCCAGGGAUAGCCAAUGGGGUGGAAUAGGGCCAGGAUGGGGCCAAUGGGGGUGGAAUAGGGGCCAGGAUGGAGAGCAGUGGGGGGUGGGAAUUGGGGCCAGGGAUGGAGCAGUGGGGGUGGAAUAGGGGCCAGGGAUGGAGCAGUGGGGUGGAAUAGGGGCCAGGAUGGGGCCAGGGAUGGAGCAGUGGGGGUGUGAAUAGGGGCCAGGGAUGGAGCAGUGGGGGGGUGGGAAUAGGGGCCAGGGAUGGAGCAGUGGGGGCGGAAUAGGGGCCAGGGAUGGAGCAGUGGGGGCGGAAUAGGGGCCAGCGAUUGGAGCAGUGGGGGCGGAAUAGGGGCCAGCGAUUGGAGCAGUGGGGGCGGAAUAGGGGCCAGCGAUUGGAGCAGUGGGGGUGGAAUAGGGACCAGAGGUGGAGAAAUAGGGAUCGAUUAGUGAUGGAGUGUUCGCAAUGACAGACUAGUAGUUGUCAAGAUGGGACUAGUGAUGGAGAUAGAGUAAUGAUGAUGUGGUGAUUUUAAUGAUCGGACAGCAGUGGAAUAGAAGCCGGGGGAGGGGGUUGUAAUGGUGGAGAAGGAGUGACUGAGUAAUGAUGGGGCAGUAUUAGGGGCUAGUUAUGGAGUGGGCAUCGAGUGCUGUAUAGGUGCCAGUUUGGUGGAAUAUGGUGUAUUGAAGGAGUUGAUAGGUUAAGCAAGCAAUGUUGAGGGAGUGGUAGGGUUGGGUCAAUGAAGGGGCAAUAAUAGAGGGGCAUGACUAAUAAUAUAAUACUGGGUAUUGAAAGAGGAAAGUGCUGAAGAAGGGUCAAGUAAUGGCAUGUGGGUAAGGAUGGGGCAGUAGAAGUGUGGGGUAUAUUGAAGGAUUUUUAAUACUGGAGAUGGCACUGUAUUGGUAGUGAUGAAAGUAAUGGUGGAAAAUAUGGCAGUGAUGGGGUUGCAGUGGCAGAGAUGGAAGUAGAAUGUAUUUUUGGUUGUGAUGAAGUAUUGGUGUAGAAGAUGUGUAAAGCAGGACAUUUAUAUGUAACAUUUCGCUGUAUACAGUUCUGUUCAGUGUAUGUAGUAUUGAUCCAACCAUGAGCAAUGCUCAAAUCUACUGCAUGUAUAAACUCUACUUACACCUUUUAAACAAUAUACAAUGUGCAGUACUAAAAGUGGCAACAUAUGGUGAUGCUAUGAAGGAAUGGAAACAUUUAUGAUAAUGACACAGUGCACCCGGGAAAAGCAUAUAUACAUCAGUGACUUAGCUUGCCUUUUUUUAUAUUUUCAAAAAGAUUACGAAAGAAACAAUGUUUGGUGAUUUGCUAAGAGGUACAUGAAUUUCAUUAUUAGUGUUUGAAUUUUGAGCUCUUGAAUUGUUACCAACUGGUACAAAUGUUGGUACGUAUAAACAAGUGAAUUUAAAAUAAAGACUUUUUCACACUCUAUGGUGAAUCUAUUUGUCCACCUACAUAAUCUACUCUCCCCCCCUUUUUUUUUUUCUUUACCCCUUUCUGGAUCCCAUAGUUUAUGACUCACUGUGCUGUCAAAGACAAUAGGCUCCCAAACGUCAGAAAUAGGAUAUGAUCAAUUAGGGAUGGAUGAUAGAUUUACUGAAAGCUUAAAUAGAAGAAAUAGACUUUUUUUUUUUUUUUUUAUAAAUCCAGCUCCUUUGAUGUGAAUAGUUUUUAUGUCUCCAAAUUCACCAUUUAUUUUUUUUCUGUUACAUCUGGACCAAGCACAAAAUAUAACUGCCAGUGUUGGGACUAGCUACUCUUACUCAGAUCUGCAUCUCUUCCACUGCUUAAAGCAAUUUUGCUUCUUACUGCAGUCAUCUAACCUUUUGAGGACCAGAUGGUUCCUUCGUUGAAAAGCUUGAGUACAGCUACAUGUGCCAUGUCCCAUAUCAUCCUCUUCACAAUCCACCAGGAUUUUCAUCUCUUAAAGAAGUGUCCAUAUUUCCACCUUCGUCAAAUUUCUGAUCUUAUCAUUAUAAAUGUCAUAGUUGAACGCUCUCCUAUCCAACCAUUUCCUAAAGACCCUUCAUCUCUCCUUGUUCUCCUUCUCCCACAAAUGCUCCAGUCCAGAGUAUGCACACUUUGCUUGAACUGCUUUCUCCAGUCAUCUAUCCUUCCCCACCAAUGUUCCUUUAGUUGGACCACGUGCUCCCCCACGCUAGAGGUUCACUAUUCGCCAACAUUUGCUUGUCAUUGUCUGUAUUAACACUUCCAGCUUCAUAUAUUUGUCCUCUCUAACAAAAAUGGCUAAAUUAACCCUCACAUUCAAAUUGCUGUUACUGUUUCAUUAAUGAACUCCUUUAUGAGGUGACUUGUUUUCAAGCCAUAUUCUGUUUUUUCUUAUCUUCGUUUUAACUCUCACACAAAAGAUUAUUAUAGGUGUUUCCUUCAUUAACAAUAAAUUAACCAUCUGUCCUACCAGGAUGCGUCUAUUGUACUGACAUUUGUAUCUUUACUUGCUGUCUAAACCUAGCCUUUUCUCCUUUUUUUUUUUUUUUUUUAUUGUGAUUGUGCUUCUCCUAAUUAUUUUAGGCUUACUGCAUUACCCUCUUGUCCUCUACUACUUUUCCUUCGAUGACCAACCUUCUUCCCAUCUCCAAUGAGCAAUACUUCUCUUUCAUCUUCAUAGUUCCCUUGUUUCAGUUUCCUCCAUAUUUCAUUCUCUAACACCAUCUCUCCCACCAGGAGUUGCCAUCUCUUUCAUGUCUCCCCGAUCCCACCAAGAGCCAGGCCCUCUUAUUUUAUCCAGGUAUUGCUUUAUUUCUACUUGUACUCCCUUCCAACCUUAGUAUGAAAUCCCAAUCCUCAUCUGUCGUCCGAUACACUAGUGUUGAGGUGGAGAUACUUGUACUGAGAUGCAACAAGUUGGAGGAUUCUAAUGCCAAUGAAACAAAUCUCUUGCCUUCCUUUGCAAUUCUGUUGAGAGAGACCAUGUACUCCAUUUAGAGAGUCUUCGAAGAUUGGAACAGGGGCAUUUAACCUUGGCAAGCUGAUCAUCAUAAAACCCUAGUCUGCAUGCUUUUAGGGUACCAAGAUAGGCCAUCAUAGCUUAAGGACCUGCUCUAUAGAGCAAUAGAGAAUGCUGUCCCUCAGUAAAAUAUAAUCAAUGUGGCUUAAAAGAUUUGUCCCAAAGACAUUUAUGCAUUGUUUUUGUUUGUUGGAAACAGAGGUUGUUGUACAGCCAAACUCUUCACCUCUUUCUUGCAUAAGGCUCUCUAUUUUUCUCUUGUCAAUCUCUGCAAUAACCCUCUUGAUCCAUUCAUCCAGUCUUUAGAAGCUGACCCCAUGUUUCCUCUUUCUUCUGCAGGAGUGUGUGGCUUUAUGUGAUGUCCCCUCCUCUUUUGUCCCCACUGUUACGGCCAUCACAAGUAGCCAAGAUCUCCAGUGGCUGGUCACCCCAGCUCUCAUCUCCUCUAUGGCUCAGUCACAGCCUACGCCAGGUCCCUCUAUUGACCCCUAUGAUCUACCAGGCCCCAGUUAUUCUUCCCCGUCUGGAGCACCGUAUGGACCAAAUCUACCAGCUUCCACGCUAGGUCAAGAGGAAACGCGUCCAACUCGGGCACGGGGCAAGAGAACCAGGGAGGAAGCUGUAAGUAGAACCUGAAGGACUAUACAGUAGGGAAUCAUAUUGGCAGUUGAGGCAAAUGAUCUAUAAAUGCAACUGUAUGUGUUCGCACAGAAAAGAUGCAUUUUAACAUGGAGCGAUUAUGAAAACAACUUUUUAAAUGACUGUAUGCACUUUAUUUAUGCUUUUUAUCUACCUUCAGCUAACACCAGAAGAAGAAGAAAAGAGACGAGUGAGGAGGGAGAGGAACAAAUUGGCAGCUGCUAAAUGCAGGAACCGAAGAAGAGAGCUGACUGAUCGACUACAGAGUGUGAGUGAUUAUUUUGACACUGUGUAUUUUUAUGUAUCUUUGUACAGUACACACCGUGUAAUCCACUUUUUACACAUAUACACAAGAGGAUGGAUCUGUCUGCCAUGAUAAGCAAUAGGGUUGCUCCCAAACUCUUCUAUUUUUAAAAUGUAUUCAUUCAUUUAAUUUAUUUUUAAAUCCUGCUUUGCAUAAAAUGCAAAGAUAUAUUCUGGCACAGCCUGGCAUCUGAUGCAAAUUAUCCUUAUUUUAUGAUUUUUGUGUACAUUGCAUUAUCUGAAGAAGAUGCUCACAGUGCACACACAAACAAUGCAACAUCCAGAUAUCAGCACUGUUGGGAAUAUAUUUACCUAUUAAGCACAAAUCACUGUGGUAACCAUUUCAGCAUUUACUGGUACAAUCAUCAAUAGAAAGUUGGUUAUACUGUCCAUCGGGGAUGGCUAAUACGUUCUCCCACAAUGCAGUUGUGACAGCUUUUUAAGAAAAUGUUUUUAUUUACACGCUAAUCAGAUGCACUUUCUGACAUCCAAGUCCAGCUCACACAUCUAAACAAUAGUCAUUUCCAUCACACAUCUAGACACUUGUGAUAGCACAGUCGAACUAGCUUGAUGGAAAUUCUUUAAUAUGAAAUAUUCCAGAGAACCUGUAUGUAGCCAUAUAGAGUAUAUAUUUUUUUCAGAAUCCUCUUAUGUUAAAAAGAACCAAUAUGACUCUCAGAGUUGAGAGAAUAUUACAAUUUGGGCUUUUCCCUUAAAUUUACACUUCACGCACGGUUGACAUGAGUGUGGCAUAGAUGUAUACAGUGAUUUUGUGACCCUUGCUUCCUUCUCCAUGUUAUAAAUUACAAAUAUAUAAUCUAUUACAGGAGGGUUUCUGCUGGUAAUAAUGUGCUCUCAUGGCUCUGGCAGAUAACUCUGAAGCCGGGGCAUUGUAAAUAAGGCAUGUUUGGGGUUAGUUUGUUUCUAUAUGAUCCACUUCCUUUUGUGGUGGAACAAACACUCCACAGACAGAAGACAACUAUGCAAUGGAAACCUAGUGACACUAAGCAGCAGCCAGAACGCAUCAAACCUAUCCUGGCCAUAUAUUUCAUUAUUCGUAUUUGCAGGAGUUCUGAGAAUCCUCUAGGCAUGUGUUUGUUUUGGGUUAUUUGAAGGCCAUAAUCCACCGUAUUGUUUUCAUGAUUAACGUUGAUCUGCUCUUGCAAUGUAAUUAUUAUUAUUAUUAUUUUUUUUUUGUAAUUUCCCUUAUUUAGGGAUUAUUCAAUUUGAUAGAUUUAUCUUCAAACAGAUUUAGCAUGUAGAUAUACAUUUAUAAAAUAAUUAAAUAUGAGGCAGAGAGGAGGGAAGGGAGUAUGUUAAUUGUUACUAAGCUUUUUUUAAUACAAUAUAUAGCCAUUGCACGGCUAGUUUGCAUUGUUUAGAAUGCAACAUAUGAUGGCGUAGGCAGUGCUAUUGUCUGACAAAAAGAAAGUGAAACACAAUAACAAGUAAAAAAUGUAAAUGUAGCAACCUGUGCAUUUAACAAUUUAGAGAAAAUAAAUAUUUUAAUUAACGUAGAGAACUUAUGUCAUUUUUGUUUAUUUACAAUCUCUUGUCCCAUCUAAACAGGAGACAGACCUUCUGGAGGAGGAGAAAUCCACCCUGGAGGCCGAGAUUGAUGAACUACGCAGACAGAAGGAACAGCUGGAGUUUGCCCUUCUUUCCCACCGGCCGGGAUGUAAACUGCCAUAUGAGGACCCUGACCUACCCCCAACGGACCCAACCACAUCUUAUACACACGGAGCUCUACUGCCUGCCUACCCUUCCCAACAAGAGGUAUCCUUCCCUGUCUGUUUGCCCCCGCUGCCGGACUUAGACUGUGCCGUCGGCGUGGGAUCUUAUACCUCUUCAUUUGUGUUCACCUCACCAGAGGCAGGAGCCUGCGGAGCCCGGUACCAGCGCAGCAGCGGGAGUGAGCGCUCAUCCUCAGACUCACUCAGCUCCCCCUCGCUCCUGGCACUCUGAAACAUAA